GUCUCACACUCUCUUAUCAGUUACCCAGACUGCUUUCAUGGCUAGUUUAAGCUUCAACGCCACCAGAAUCAGAACCCCAACGCUUCAAUCUCACAAACCCCUCUCCAAAUUCAUCUCCCUCACAAAACCCAUCAAAAUAUCAUAUAGUUUCUUACGGAAAACUUCACAAAACCAAGCAAAACUCGGCCUUUUCCGGUCAGAAAGCUCAGUUUCUGCACCAAAAGAAGUCGAAAUUGAUGAUGAAGAGGACGACCCAACGGCAGAAAUGAGCUAUCUUGAUCCAGAAAUCGAUCCCGCGAGCAUUUCGGAGUGGGAGUUGGAUUUUUGCUCUAGGCCAAUACUAGAUAUCAGAGGAAAGAAGUUGUGGGAGCUUGUUGUAUGUGACAGUUCGCUUUCACUUCAAUACACAAAGUACUUUCCUAACAAUGUUAUCAACAGUAUCACAUUGAAGGAUGCUAUUGUGUCGAUAAGCGAUGAUUUGGGCAUCCCUUUACCGGAGAAAAUCCGCUUCUUUAGGUCACAGAUGCAGACAAUUAUAACAAAAGCGGGUAGGGAGCUUGGUAUAAAACCUAUUCCAAGUAAACGGUGUCUGUCCCUACUUCUCUGGCUGGAAGAACGCUAUGAGACUGUAUACAAGCGUCAUCCUGGUUUUCAGAAGGGAUCAAAACCACUUCUAGCAUUAGACAACCCUUUCCCAAUGGAGCUCCCAGAGAACCUGUUUGGUGAAAAAUGGGCAUUUGUCCAAUUACCUUUUUCAGAUAUUCGUGAGGAGGUAUCAUCCUUGGAGACGAAAUUUGUGUUCGGUGCAGGUCUAGAUUUGGAUUUACUGGGGAUUGAAAUUGAUGACAAGACAUUGGUUCCAGGGCUGGCUGUCGCGUCUUCACGUGCUCAACCUUUAGCGGCUUGGAUGAAUGGACUGGAAGUCUGUUCAAUUGAAGCUGACAUCAACCGCGCUUGCUUGCUUCUAUCUGUGGGAAUUUCUACCCGGUACGUUUAUGCUACCUACGAGAAAACUCUGGUAACAACAAACGAAGCUGAAGCCUGGGAAGCAGCAAAGAAAGCCUGUGGAGGUUUACAUUUCCUUGCCAUUCAAGGAGACUUGGAUUCAGAUGACUGUGUUGGAUUUUGGCUCCUACUAGACUUGCCACCUCCACCUGUAUAAUUUAUCAAUUCUUGAAUGAAUAUACCUUUCUUACAC